ACUACAAAAUUAUCAAAACCCUGAACCUCAGCUCAAGCGCAAAGUCGCGUCUCCUUCUUUACCGUCUCCUCUCGUCCCUGGUAGAGAACUCGAAGUUCGCAGUUGGUCUCGAUUUCUUCCAUCUUUUGCCGCCCCCUGAUGGCGUCCACGCGAGUCGCAUUCCCAACCAGGAACAGUUUGUGUGGAACAGAAACAACUCCGCUCGCUUCUCUCUUGCCAAGAGAACAUUCAAGACGCGGUCGUCGUCUUCUUCGCAAUCGAUCCGCCACAGUGACCAUGUCGGUGUCGCCCAUCCCUCAGACCCACCUUCAAGUCCAAGCUUCUAAGAAACUAGACAUACCCAUCAUGGUGAACAGUUGUUUGGGCAAAAUGGGGAAGGCUGUUAUAAAAGCAGCGGAAUCUGCAGGACUUGAUCUUAUCCCCAUGUCAUUUGGCCAUGCCAAAGAGGCUGGAAAAACCGUAGAGGUGUGUGGAAAAGAGAUAAAGGUGCACGGGCCUUCAGAUAGAGAAAGCGUUCUGGCCUCGGUCUUUCGUGAACACCCAAAUAUGAUCGUGGUCGACUACACUGUGCCUGAUGCAGUGAACAGUAACGCCGAGCUGUAUUGCAAUGUUGGAGUUCCAUUUGUCAUUGGAACUACUGGAGGGGACAGGGACCGGCUUUACAAAACAGUCGAAGAUUCAAAUGUAUAUGCAGUAAUUUCCCCACAAAUGGGGAAACAGGUUGUGGCAUUUCUUGCAGCGAUGGAAAUUAUGGCAGAGCAAUUUCCAGGGGCCUUCUCUGGGUAUUCUCUAAAGGUGAUGGAGUCCCAUCAAUCAAGCAAAUUGGACACAUCUGGAACAGCUAAGGCGGUAAUUUCUUGCUUCAAGAAGUUGGGAGCGUCUUUUGACAUGGAUCAGAUCCAGAUGAUCCGUGAUCCUGAACAACAAAUGGAGAUGGUGGGAGUUCCAGAAGAGCAUUUGUCUGGUCAUGCUUUCCAUUUGUAUCAUCUGUCAUCGCCCGAUGAAACAGUCUCUUUUGAGUUUCAGCAUAAUGUUUGUGGUAGAUCAAUAUACGCCGAGGGCACAGUUGAUGCUGUGUUGUUUUUAGCCAAGAAGAUCCAGCAGAAGACAGACCAGCGUAUAUACAAUAUGAUUGAUGUGUUGCGUGAGGGUAGCAUGCGCUGAUACUAGUUUCAUGCUGAGUUUUCUUGUGCAGCGGCAUUUAUCUUUCAGGUCAGCUGUAUUGUCUUAGUUCUGUGUUGUAGUCUCAACUCUUCUCGUUCUUAUAAUUAUAAUAAUUAUUAGUUUUUGUUUGGCA